AUGCAUGGUUGCGACGAAUAUGGCAAAGGACAUGGAGUCCACGAGCAGCAGCAGCAGCAGCAGCAGCAGCUGCAGCAAGCCGAGCAGCUGAUAGAGCAGCAGCAGAGGCAUUCGAAUUCCAAGGACCCUGAGCUUCUGUACAAUUUCCUGGUGGCACACCUAGAGUCUGACUCAGCAGAAUGGCGAGUUGCGUGCGACUCAGUGUACUCUAUAUUAGGAUAUCUGCCUUGGGGCCCAAGGGAUCCCAAAUGGAGGAUCCACAAGGAUGCGGUGUUGGAGACGAGGGAGGGAAACUACCAAGUUGUGGGACAGCUAAAAAGGGCACUAGACAAUAUGAAGAAAGCAACCAAAAAGCUUGGCAGUAUAAAGAGGCUGUGUGAUGACACUCUGAACUUGGGGGGGCCCCUGUUGAAAGUUCCGUCAGGAGACGCCAUUAGCAGAGACAUGCUGCACUACUUGGACCGGGCCCAUGCCGCACAAAAAUACCUCGUUUCGUUUGUUGAGGGUAUAUUGGAUCGGCACGAGGCCUUUGACGAGAAAUAUACCAGCGAUGCGCCAGAUGUUGCCUUCAGCAAUCUAAGUGUAGCGGCAUAUCAGGAGGCUUCCCACCAAGCCCGAAGUCUGCUCCCUUCCUUGCCUCUCGAGCUGCGAAAUAUCACUCUCUUCAGCACAGCAUUAGACACGUUCAUGGCUGAGAUUCAGCAAAAACACAGGGAAGGAGUUCCGCUUGGAGGCCCUCCAGCAAAGCGAGCAGUACCAGAACCCCCGGGUGGAAUCGACAUUGCCUCGCUCAGCCCGCGUCAUCAACUAACCUGUAUUCUAGAAUUUGGGGCUGCUCGUGAUGCUGCUGCUGCUUAG